GGCAACUCUAAUCCACGUGAUUUCUCGGCAGCAGCCGCGGGUUCCUUGAACUAGCCCAGCAGCACUUGGCUGCCACUUUCAGUUUCGCGCAGAGCUGAGCCGGAGCAGGAGCGCAGAAGAGACUGAAGUAUGGAAACAGCCUGUAGACUGCAAGGCAGAAGACAAGGCCCAGAUACCCAUGAGACCCUCUCCGUGGGAAUGCUGAAACAUCUAUCAUGAUACAAGAAUCCAGGGCUGGCUUCUAAUGGAUGCUGACAGCCUCCAUCUGGGCACUAGGAAUCUAUGGGCCUGGCUUGUAAGGCUGCUGAGCAAACACCAAGAAUGGCUGAACACCAAGAUGAAGUUCUUUCUCCCUACCAUGGACCUGGGCUUCAGCAAUGAGGUCCCGGACCCUGAGCAGAGAGUCAUCCAGCAGCUUAGCAAGCUGCACGCCCAGGGCCUAGCCACCUGGCAGUCGUUCAUCUAUGGCCUAUGCAUGGAGCUGGAGGUGCCUCUGGAUCUGGAGGUGCCGCUGCUGAGUAUCUGGGGCCAAGAAGAUGAAUUCUCCACCCAGCUAGAAGCUGGUGAGGAGAGCCAGCCUGGAUCUCAAUUCCACCCUGGCCUCAAGCGCUCUCAUCAGAGCUGUGGGUCCUCACCCUGCCGGAAGCACUGCAGGAAACAGCAGCUAGAGUUGGCCAGGAAGUACCUACAGCUCCUGAAGACCUUUGCCCAGCAGCGUUAUGGUGGCAAAUGCCUUGGGCCAGAGCAUACCCUCACCUCCCAACAGGCCUUCAUUCCCCCUAUCCUGCAGUGGAGCAAGGCCACAGCACCCUUGGAUGCUCGGGAAGGAGCCUCUAUGGGGGACCCUGGGGCAGCAGAUGACAUUGACAUGAGCAUCCAAGAUCUCUUCAACUUCAAGGCCCAUAAGGGCCCACGAGUGACAGUACUCCUAGGGAAGGCUGGCAUGGGCAAGACCAUGCUGGCCUAUCAGCUCUGCCGGAAGUGGGCUGACGGCCAGCUAGACAACUUCCAGGCCUUGUUCCUUUAUGAAUUCCGCCAACUCAACAUGAUUACACAUUUGCUUACAUUGCCUCAGCUCCUUUUUGAUCUGUACCUAAGCCCGGAAUCAGGCCCUGACGCUGUCUUCCAGUACCUGGAGGAAAAUGCCUGUCAAGUCCUACUGAUCUUUGAUGGACUGGAUGAGGCUGUUGACCCCUGUUCUAGUAACAAGUCUGUGGGUGCUGACAGUGUAGGGUCAGCCCUCACUCUCUUCUCAGACCUUUGCCGUGGGACCCUCCUGCCAGGCUGCUGGGUGAUGGCCACCUCCCGUCCCGGGAAGCUGCCCACAUGUGUGCCCACAGAGGCAGCUAUGGUGUACAUGUGGGGCUUUGAUGGACUGAGGGUAGAGAAGUAUGUCAGCCACUUCUUCAGUGAUCUACCGUCACAGAAGUUGGCCCUGGCAGAGAUGAGAACCAAUGAGCGUCUCUGGGGCAUGUGUGCAGUACCUGCGCUAUGCAGGGUCGCCUGCCUCUGCCUCCACCAUCUGCUUCCUGGAAGCUCCCCAGGCCAGUCUGCGGCUCUCCUGGCCACCAUGACCCAGCUCUAUCUACAGAUGGUACUAACCUUUGGCUCCCACAGAACUGCCACAUCCUUGUUGGACCUAGGAAAGGUAGCCCUGAGAGGACUGGACACUGGGAAGGUUAUCUUCUCUGCAGAAGAUAUCCCUCCUCCCCUGAUGGCCUUUGGUGCUGCCCACAGCCUGCUGACCUCCUUCUGCAUCUGCACCACCCCUGAGCACCAAGAGACAGGCUAUGCCUUUGCCCACCUCAGCCUGCAGGAGUUUUUAGCUGCCCUGUAUCUGAUGGCUAGUGACAGCGUGGACAAAGAUACACUCAUCCACUAUGUCGCUCUCAAUUCCCACUGGGUAUUGAGGACCAAAGCUAGACUGGGCCUCUCGGACCAUCUCUCUACCUUUCUGGCAGGCCUGGCAUCCCACAACUGCUGUCAGUUCCUCAGCCACCUGGCUCAGCGGAAUGAAGCCUGGGUGAGCUCCAGGCAGGCUGCUGUUGUCCAGGUGCUGAGGAAGUUGGCCACCCGCAAGCAUACUGGGCCAAAGGUAGUAGAGUUGUGUCACUGUGUGGCUGAGACCCAGGAGCCAGAGUUGGCCAGACUCAUUGCCCAAAACCUCCCUUUCCAAUUCUCCUUCCACAAUUUCCCACUGACCCGUGCAGACCUGGCCUCACUGGCCAGCAUCCUGGAACAGAGGGCUAGCCCCAUCCACCUGGAUUUUGAUGGUUGCCCACUGGAGCCCUACUGCCCUGAGGUUCUGGUAGGCUGUGGCCAGGUGGAAAAUCUCAGCUUUAAGAGCAGGAAGUGUGGAGACACCUUUGUAGAGGCCCUGUGCAGGAGCUUGCCAACCAUGGGGAGCCUGCAGACACUGGGGUUAACAGGAAGUAAGAUCACUGCCCGAGGCAUCAGCUACCUGGUGCAGGCUUUGCCGCUCUGUUCCAAGCUAGAGGAGAUCAGUUUGCAGGAUAACCAACUCAAGGACCCAGAGGUGCUGAGCCUUGCAGAGCUUCUCCCUUGCCUGCCACAGCUCCGGAAGCUUGACCUGAGCCGAAACAGCUUCUCCGUGUCAACCCUAUUGUCCUUGGUGAAGGUGGCCACCACGUGUCCUACUGUCAGGAAGCUGCAGGUCAGGGAAUCGGACCUCCUCUUCCUUCUUUCCCCGCUCACAGAGACAAUUGAACCAGGAGCUUCAAGCCUACAGGACAAAGACAGCCUGUGGAAGGAAGGACAGGGUCAAAGCCUAGCACUCAGGCUCCAGAAAUGUCAGCUCAGGGUCCAUGAUGCAGAGGCCCUGGUGGAACUGUUCCAGAAAGGCCCCCAGCUGGAGGAGGUGGAUCUCUCAGGAAACUAUCUGGAAGAUGAAGGCUGUCGACUCAUGGCAGAGGCUGCAUCACAGCUGCACAUUGCCCGGAAACUGGACCUCAGCGACAAUGGGCUCUCUGGAACUGGGAUGGCCUACGUGUUGAGGGCCAUGGGCUCGUGUGGGAUGCUGGCAGAGCUGUACAUCAGCCUGCUGAGCAAUACGGUGGUACUCACAUUUGCUUAUGAGUCAAGGGAGCAGGAGGGGAGCUGGAAGAGGGCACCAUUGCUUGUCAGCCGCACACCCCCUGUGGCCUCUGAGCUGUCACUGAGCUCUCGAAGGAUCAGGCUGACAAGCUGUGACCUCCAGGCCAAGCACACAGAGAAGCUCUGUGAGGCACUGAGAGCCAGUUGCUACCUCAACCACCUGGGUCAUCUUGACCUAUCAGACAAUGCUCUGGGGGAUGAAGGAGUGGCCCUGCUGGCCCAGCAGCUCCCAAGCCUGGGUCCCCUGCAGUCCUUGAACCUCAGCAAGAAUGGCUUGUCCCUGAAUGCCGUGUUUGGCUUGGUCCAGUGCAUGUCUUCCCUGUCAUGGAUGUUCCACCUGGAUGUCAGCUUGGAGAGUGAGCACAUCCUCCUACGAGGAGCAUGGACAGGCAGGGAUGCCCUGGCUGGUGCCUAUGGACCACAGUUCCUGGCUGGAGCUCAGUUCUCGGAGUUCAGUCCGUCCUGCAUCCCCAGGAGCUUCAGUCUGCAGGAGUGUCAACUGGAGCCCCUGAGCCUCACCCACCUCUGUGACACUCUGAAAGCGUGCCCAGGGCCACUGGAAAUUCAAUUGUCCUGCAAGACCCUAAGUGAUGACAGCCUGGAGACUCUGCUGAGGUGCCUGCCUCAGCUGCCUCAGCUCAGCCUGCUACAGCUAAGGCACACAGUCCUGUCUUCCAGAAGCCCUUUACUGCUGGCCAACUUCUUCAACCUGUGUCCACGGGUUCAGAAGGUGGAUCUCAGGUCCCUGUAUCAUGUGGCUCUGUACUUCCAGUCCAGUGAGAAGCAGGAGGGUGUGUGCUUUGGGUUCCAUAGCUGCAACCUCAGCCAGGAGCAUGUGGAGCCACUGUGCUGUGCGCUGGGCAGGUGUAAAGCCCUCAGUCAGCUGGACCUCACAGGCAAUCUCCUGGGAGAUGGUGGGCUUAGAUGCCUUCUAGAACACCUGCCGCAGCUGCCUAUCUCCGGAUGGCUUGACCUCAGUCACAACAGCAUCUCUCAGGAAGGUAUCCUGCACCUUCUGGAGACCCUGCCCUCCUACCCUCAUGUGUGUGAAGCCUUGGUGAGCCUGGACUCUGAGCAGAACUUCUGGAUAUGCUUCUCCAAGAAGGAAGAGACUGGGAUGACACUGAGACUGGUCAAGUGCAGCUUCAGACCGGAACACAUAUCCAGACUGGCCUCCAGCCUGAUCCAGGCCCAAAAGCUGAUGGAACUCUCGCUGACCAGGUGCCAGUUGGACCUGCCGCAGCUGACUGGCCUCCUGAACUUGGUGAGGCGGCCUGCUGGACUGCUGGGCCUCAGGUUGGAGGAACCCUGGGUGGGUCAGGUUGGCUUGCCGGCCCUGCUGGAAGUUUGUGUCCAGACCUCAGGUUGCAUCACUGAGCUAAGCAUCUCUGAGACCCAGCAGCAACUCUGGAUCCGGGUAGAAUUUCCUCGUCAGGAAGAAAGUCCAGAGGCCACAGCCCUCAGGUUGGCUCACUGUGACCUUGCGACCAAUCACGAGCUUCUUAUGAGACAGCUGAUGGAGACAUGCGCCAGGCUACAGCAGCUCAGCUUGUCCCAGGUUAACCUCAUUGACGAUGAUGGUGCCAGGUCCUGGCUGCUGGAAAACCUCCUGCUGUCUCCCUGUGAGCUGAAGAGCUUCCGGCUGACCUCCAGCUGUGUGAGCACCCAGAACCUUGCCCACCUGGCAUCUGGUCUUGGAUACUGUCGCCACCUAGAGGAGCUGGACUUCUCUAACAACCAGCUCUGUGAGGAGGGUGUGGAACUACUAAUGAGAGCCCUGCAGGGGACCUGCAUGUUGAAGAGGUUGCACCUCAGUCACUUUCCGCUGGGAGAGUCUACACUGACCCUGCUCAUUGGAGGAUUAAGCCACAUGGCUCUCCUGCAGAACCUCUGGUUAGCCAGAGAUGGCAUUGACGGCGUUGGCUUCUGCCACUUCUCGAAAACUCUCAGAGAUGCUGCCAGCGUGGAGGACUUGGGCUUGCGCCACAACCAGAUUGGGGACACUGGUGCCCAGCAUUUAGCUGCCAUCUUGCCAAGACUGUCAGAGCUCAGGAAGUUAGAUCUCUCAGGGAACAGCAUUGGCCCAGCUGGGGGAGCACAGCUGGCAAAGUCUCUCACACUUUGCAAGUGCCUAGAGGAGAUCAUGCUUGGCCAUAAUGCUCUGGGGGAUCUCACAGUUCUGGGGCUGGCUCAGGGGCUACCUCCACAACUGAGGGUCCUGUGCCUGCCAGCUAGCUGUCUGGGCCCAGAGGGGGCUCUGUGCCUGGCCCAGGCCCUGGAGCAGUGCCCACAGGUAGAAGAGGUCAGCUUGGCAGAGAACAACCUGUCUGGAGGGGUCCCACGCUUUGGCAAAGGGCUCCCACUACUCAGACAAAUUGACCUGAUUUCCUGUGAAAUUGAUGACCAGGCUGCAAAGCAUCUUGCUGCCAGCCUCAUACUCUGCCCAGCCCUGGAAGAAAUCUUGUUAUCCUGGAAUCUCCUUGGGGAUGAGGCAGCUGCUGAGCUGGCCAGGAUCCUUCCACAUCUGGGCCAGUUGAAGAGAGUGGACUUGGAGAAGAACCGGAUCACUACAUUUGGAGCCCAACUUCUGGCUCAAGGGCUGACCCAAGGCCUUUGUGUCCCAGUCAUCCGCCUGUGGAACAACCCCAUUCCUGCUGAUGUGGCCCAGAGUCUGCAGAGCCAGGAACCCAGGCUGGACUUCGCCUUCUUUGACAAGCAGCCCAAGGCCUCUUGGGGUACUUGAUGGCCCUCUCACAACCCUUGACUCCAGCUGAGUGAUGACCACAUCACCCUCCAGGAGAGAGGGCUCAGGGGAAGAACCUCAGCUGGUGCCCUGCACCCCCAGGAAGGAAGAGCAUCUUUGUCCUGUCUCCAUCCUCAGGAGGACUUUCUUGGGGACUGAGAGAUUUGUUUGAUCAAAGGAGGACCCAGCAUCAUAAAUGUGUGACCAGCAGGAAAUUGGCACAAUGAGAGUAUCAUGUGUCAUACAUGACAGGGGAAGGUCAUAUAUAUGUCACAGAAUGGACUCUUGACAUGGGAAAGUCAUACUUAUGACAGAAAAGUUUAUAUGUGGCAUUAUGUAGAACUUGUAGUGUGAUGUGGUCAUGUGAUCAGUGAUUUAUCUAUGAUAUGAUGUCUGUGUUACAUGACACAGCUUGUCAGAGGACCUUGGGCAAGU